AUGGGGAGGGGGCAGGCAGGCCGGCGGGGCGGGAGGCCUGGCCCGGCCCGGAGGGAGCCAGGUGUCCACACAGCCCUGCAUCUGCUGAGAUGGGCGGUCUUCGCCCUGAUAGUGUUCUCCUGCAUCUUCGGCGAGGGCUACAGCAACACGCACGAGUCGAACCAGAGGUACUGCGUCUUCAACCGCAACGAAGACGCCUGCCGCUACGGCAGUGCCAUCGGCGUGCUGGCCUUCCUGGCCUGCGCCUUCUUCUUCGUGGUCGACGUGUACUUCCCCCAGAUCAGCAACGCCGUGGACCGCAAGUACCUGGUCAUCGGCGACCUGCUCUUCUCAGCUCUCUGGACCUUCCUGUGGUUCGUGGGUUUCUGCUUCCUUACCAACCAGUGGGCAGCCACCGACCCGAAGGAUGUGCUGCUGGGAGCGGACUCAGCCCGAGCGGCCAUCACCUUCAGCUUUUUUUCCAUCUUCUCCUGGGGCCUGCUGGCCGCCCUGGCCUACCAGCGCUACAAGGCCGGGGUGGACGACUUUAUGCAGAACUACGCGGACCCCACGCCCGACCCCAGCACGGCCUACGCCUCCUACCCGGGCCCGCCGGUGGACAGCUACCAGCAGCCUCCUUUCACUCAGAACGCCGAGGCCACCGAGGGUUACCAGCCUCCCGUUGUGUACUGAGCCGCCUGAGCCGCCGCAGGGGAUGGUAACGGGGCAGGGAGGGUGCCUGGAGGGCCACCCCUGGGUCCUGGACUCCUCUCGCCCGCAAGGCGUGCCUCCAGGGGCUGCUGGCCCCUCUGGUCCCACUGGGCCGGUGGGAACCCAGGCAAAGCUGGACAGCCCCUGCCUCCCGUGCCAGAGUGCCCAGGCCCCAGGCAGCACCCACCUCCUCAGGGCAUUUUUAAAGAAGAGUUUUUAGCUAGACACUCGUCACUGCUUCUAAUGGUCCCCAGCCCCGCCCGGUAGCUCGAAGUGCCGCCAUGCUGUUCUGAUAAGUGCCUUUGUUUUCCUAAGCCCACAGGGAGCCGGGCCCCAGCCCAGGCCCGCGUGGCCACAGAGAGUUGGGGUUCUCUGCCAAAGAUGAGGCCGGGGGGCUCCCACUUGCCGGUGCUGGUGUGGGGCUGGCGCUCCCUUCCUCCUCACUCAGGUCUGCCCGCCUCUGCCUCAGUGCCCAACUCAGUGCCCUCUCCGCUCCCAGAGGCUUCUGGGAACUGUCCCUCACUGGUGCCCUCCCCUGCCUGCCCUGAGGCGGCAGCCCUCUGGCUGCUACGGGGUCUGCUUGCUUGGCUGGGGUCACUCCCCUGUGCCGGUGCCUCCGGGCCUUCCCCCUGCCAGCCACGGGGCAGGGCUGGUGCCCAUCCAGAGGCCACUGGGCAGCACUUCCUGCCCCUGCUCCUACCACCCCCCCGCCCCUCCCCACA